AGGUGGAAAGCUCCUUUGAGUGCAACCAGUUGGCUCAGUCUCAUAGAACAGGAAGCUUCUUUAGCUGAUGUUAUUUUAGAGCCUCGACUUACAGGGAAUAUUAACUAAAGCUAGAUAAAAAUAAUUAAGACUUAAAAGACUAUAUUAGCUAGAAGCCAAGCAGGAACCUAACAAUCUGAAAGAACCAUUUGCAGAGAGUUCAUUUUCUGCUUUAAAUGUGGUAGAUAUAUAACUAAUGCUUAGGGAUAUUGUAAUUCAUCAGGUUAGCACAAACAAUCCUGCAUGUGGGACUUCUGUUAGAAACAGUAUUUGGUUUUGCAGUUGCUUUUAAAAUUCGCAGUUGUUAGUCCUUGAGCAGAUCAAAAACUUGUUGCCUUGUUUUCCUGAAUUGCAGAAAUUAGCUUUUACUAGUCUUUACUACUCCUUACUUAAUGUCCCCUGCUUCCUGAAGAAGUGGGGGCCUGCACAAUUCUUCUGCCUUUAAAAAGAGGCAAAAGAGAACCACUAGGCUUCCUUGAGUCUACUUCAAUCUUGGCGAAGGAACCAUUUCUUAUUUUUGUUGGAGUCAAAAAAAAACUUGUAGCUUUUCUUCAUUGGAAAGUCUCUCAACAGAAGUUCAGUGAGAUCAAGAAUGUCACUGAAGUCCCCCAAGGCAUAUUCUUCACUGCAGAAAGGGGCAGUCAUCUGGGAUCCAAAACCACUGCAGGUGAAGAAAAUUUUUGAAGCUUUGAAGAAAGGACUUAAUGAAUACUUGGAAGCACAUCAGGCUGAGUUGGAUUAUCUCUCUGGUCGGCACAAAGAUACAAAAAGGAACUCCAGAUUGGCCUUCUACUAUGACCUGGAUAAGCAAAUUCGCUCUGUGGAGAGAUAUAUUAGAAAAUUGGAGUUCCACAUAAGCAAGGUGGAAGAACUCUAUGAAGCUUACUGUAUCCAGUGCAGACUACGUGAUGGAGCCACUAACAUGAAACAUGCCUUUGCCUUGUCUCCUUCCACCAAAGCCUCCAGGGAGAGCCUAGUGGAGCUCUACAAGAACUUUCAGGGAUGCACAGAGGACAUGUGCUUUAUAGAAGGGGCAUUGGAGGUCCAUUUAGGAGAGUUUCACUUGAAGAUGAAAGGCUUGGUGGGCUUUGCACGUCUCUGUCCAGGGGACCAAUAUGAGGUUUUUGUGCGACUGGGACGCCAAAAAUGGCGGUUGAAAGGCAAGAUUGAGACUGACGACAGCCAAACAUGGGAUGAAGAAGAAAAGAUUUUCAUACCUAAUCUCCACGAGCAGUUUGAAAUCAAGGUGACAGAACUGCGAGGACUGGCCACUAUUCUAGUUGGAGUUGUGACAUGUGACAGCAUAAACUUCUUUACAACCAAGCCUCAGGCAAUCAUUGUGGAUAUAACUGAGCUGGGCACUAUCAAGCUGCAACUGGAAGUCCUCUGGAAACCCUUUGACACAGAGAACCUGUUUUUGUCACCUGGAACCACUGCCAAGUUUUCUGUGGGUAGCAGGAAGAACUCUUUAUACAACUGGACCCCACCAAAUACCCCCAGCUUCAGAGAGAAAUACUAUCUGUCUAUUUUGCAACAAAGACAGAACCAAGGGGACAUAAGUGAAGAAGCUCAGCCUCCCAGCAUACUGAGCUAUUUGGCUGCCUGUGAUUUUGGUGUGCAUGAGAGGAGUAAGCCUCACGAUCCCGUGGAGACAAGUGAAGCAGACUCAUUCAGCUCUGAGGAUCUGAAAGGGACAGAAUCUAGAAAUGCAACUCCAGCUGCAGACCACAGGACAUUGCCACUGGUGAUUAUUCAAGAGGCUUGUGCAGAAGAGCGACAUCCACUUUCAAGUCAUGCAACUCUGGACAUUCUGAAGAAGACUCCGUGUGCGGAUGGAUUUCCAAGUAACCCAUCUAGUUUUCUGAGUCGUGGCAAAGGUAGCAGAGCUUCUUUCAACCAGACCAGAACUCGCCAUCUGACAGAACAAGAAAACAUUAGCCAGAAAAGCUUGAAUGCUGCAAAUGAUGUAAAACCAGAUGGAUGUACAAAGUCAAUUGAUAAGGCUCUCCAAGAACUGUUAAAUUUGCUGAAAUUCCAUGAUGUCAGGCAAGCCCAACUGGAGAAAUUGGAAUACCAAGUUUUAUCUAUGAGGGAUAAAUUAAAGCUAAAGACACUUCAUCACAAACGUUCCUCUAUGGAAAGUUUAAUGGUGGAAACCGUGCUGGAAAGUUUUGACUUUUUAAACGCUGACUGCAGUGCUGAUGAGCUUUCAUUAUUUGGAAGCGUAAGAACAGCCAGUAUCAGCACAUACAAUGACAGCACGUUUCAGUCCCUGAGCUGUGACAUGAAAACGGAAACAAGAGGUGUAACUACUGGUGAUGACAACUUAGAUGUACUUUUGAUAACUCAUCUGAAGCUGUGCAAAGCUCUUUUGCAGAAACUCAGAUCCCCAAACAUAGCCCAGAUUGUCCAGGAGAGCGUUUUGGAAGAAGUGUCAGAGCAGACGCAAGUCCUGGGGGAUGUCUUGGAUACGUCUGUUGAAGAAAUUAUUCAGAAGACUAAGAAGAAGAAGCACUAUCUGAAAAUCUGGAGUGAUCUCGCAGAGCCUGGCAGUAUCUUGUUUGCUUCAGCAGAAAGAUUCCAUCAUGCACUGAGAUACACAUCGGCGCUCAAAAUGAAGGAAAAAUACCCUGGUCAAUUAGAAGCAGUAUUGCGGAGAUUGCUAGAGCAGAUUGUCACCUGCAAUGGAUUGCUCCCCUCUCCAUACCACCAAGCAGAACCAGUUACUUUGUUCCAGUUUUAUAGCUACCUGGAGAAACAUCAUAUUACCAGCCUGGACAAACACUUGGGAAAACUUGCUAAAGAAGUGAUGCUAAUUGAGGAGCUGCAGUGCCCUGGACGUCUGAAGACUCUUAAAAAAUUGAAAGGAAAGCGAUUGAACAAGCUCCAACCUCUACCGCAGACUUUACGGCUGCUUGGGAUUUUACAGCUGGAUGACAACCACCGCGUCAGCAAAGCAGCCACAUCCUGCCUCUCCCGUGCAGCAGCAAACAAGAACUUUAGGGAAAAGGCUCUCCUUUUUUACACUGAUGCUUUAGCUGAUUGUGAUGCAAGACUUCAGCAAGCUGCGUGUUUGGCCCUCAAAAACCUCAGAGCUAUAGAGAGCAUAGAGCAGGUCGCCCAUCUGUGCCAAUCUGAAAUAGAGGAAGUUAGGAAUGCUGCCCGGGAAACAACGCUGUCCUUUGGUGAAAAAGGACGGCAAGCCUUUGAGAAAAUGGACAGGAUUUGCUGUGAAUUAAGAGAGACUGUGCAGCAAGAGGCUGAAAUUGAAAUCACAGUAUUUUAGUAGUGGGAUAUGAGGAGCUAGAUCAUACCUUCCUCACAGCCACAGCUGAGUACUGAGGAGUUAGUUUGUUCAGGGUCUGGUUUACUGACACCCUGCUAUGUACAUGCUGCAUACUGACAGAGUACAGUUUUGUUUCCAAAGUGGGCACAGUUUGCAAUCUAAACCAAGUAGACUGGAAUCUGUAUUUUCUCACUCUCAGCACACGAUGAAAUCUCAAAUCCAGGUUGCCACUUGAGUUAAAUCUCCAUCUCACUGGAACUGGCUGCCUCUGCACGAACUAAAAGUCAAAUACGAUGUAUUUUCACUUAAAAUAUUUUAUUAAUUUGGCAUUUCUCUAAGAGGAAAUAAGUGAUCACUUUCCUACAGUCCAUCUAGAAACUAGUGGACAACAGCUUACUUACAUCAACUGCCAUAUAAAUUAGAAAAACCUAGCAGCCUUAUUAGGUGGCUACCAUUUUUUUAAUACAAUUUAGUUGCAGAAGAAAAACUUGCUACUUUAAAAGCCAUUUUUGGGGUAAUGAUUGCAACUUAGGCCAGGCUCAAGCAAGGCUUGAGAAGGGUAAGUACUGAGUGCAUAUCCUCAGCAGUUUACAAGGGGAAGUUAUUUAUCAUAUUAGCCAUGGACAGACCAGACUGCCAUACGGACAGAUUUAUGUAAGUGUUU